AUGAAGAGCUCUAUCCUCCUUUCCAUUGCGGCCAUCGCCGCCCAGGUCAUCGCCCUCCCUACCCAGGAGGACCGAUCCGUGGCUCUGCCCGUCCGAGACCUGAACUUCCCGGCUCAAGUUGAUGUCAGGCCUGUUCUGCGCCGCGCCAAGGGCGAGCAAGCCGGUGACAACGCCGACGUCCAGCAGGAGGGCGAGAACGCAGGCGAGAACGGAGUCGCCACCAAGAAGGCCGCCAAGGACGCCGCUGCUGCCGGAGGAGCCGGUGCCGCUGCCGGUGGUGCCACGGCCGGAGGAGCCACAGCCGGCGGUGCCGCCAACAACGGAACUGCCAACGCCGGAGGCAAGAAGAAGGGCAAGAAGGGCAAGAAGAACGCACAGGCCAAGGCCGCGGGCAAGAAGAACAACGCUGCCGCCGGUGCUGCCGGAGCCAAGAAGAACAAGGCCAAGAAGAACAACGGUGGCGCUGCCAACAACGGAACUGCCAACGCCGCGGACGGCGCUGCGGCUGGCGGAAAGAAGGCCAAGGCUGCAAAGGGUAACGCCGCUGCCAAGAAGAACAACGGAGCCGACAACGCAGCUGGCGGCGCGGCUGCUGGUGGUGCCGCCGGUGGUGCUGCGAACAACGGAACCGCGAACGCUGGUGGCAAGAAGAAGAACGGCAAGAACGGCAAGAAGAACAACGCUGCUGGAGGCGCCGCUGCGAAGAACAACCAGGCAGCCGACGGCAACAACAUCCUCUCUUCCAUCCUCGAGAGCAUUGGUGGAGGCGCUGCAGGCGGAAACGCUGCCAACGGUGGUGCCAACAAGGCCCAGGCUGACCCUCUCGCCCUUCUCAGCGGUCUUCUCGGACGUGACGAGGAGUCAGCCGACCUGGAACAGCGCGAAGAGCAUGACCUGGCUGAGCGUGACGACCACGAGCUUGUCCAGCGCGACGAGGAGGAAGCCGAUCUGGAGUAA